CUGCUCAACUGCAAGAGCAAACGAAAUGCAAGUGAACUCUCUUUUGCAUAGAUACAAAAUUUUAGCAACUUUGUAUCGAUCUGGUGCAAGACAACACAAGCCAUGGCGGAUCAGCUUGUUCACCUCCCCCAACAGCUCCUGGUUCUCUUGCUUUUCAUCGCCCCCUUCUUCUUCUUCUUCCUCAUCCGUUCCAUUCGUCGUCGCGAUGGCGGCAGCGUCCGGCUCCCACCAUCUCCAUGGGCUCUCCCGGUGAUCGGCCACCUGCACCACCUCAUGGGCGCGCUCCCGCCACAGCACGCCAUGCGCAACAUCGCGCUGCGCCACGGGCCGCUCGUGCGGCUCCGGCUCGGCGGCCUCCAAGUCAUCCUGGCCUCCUCGGUGGACGCCGCGCGCGAGGUCAUGAGGACGCACGACCUCGCCUUCGCGACGCGCCCCUCCACCCGAGUAAUGCAGCUGGUCUUCCCCGAGGGCUCGCAGGGGAUCGUCUUCACGCCCUACGGGGAUAGCUGGAGGAACCUCCGCAAGAUCUGCACCGUCGAGCUGCUCAGCGCCAAGCGCGUCCAGUCUUUCCGGCCGAUCCGCGAGGAGGAGGUCGGCCGGCUGCUCCGGGCGGUGGCGGCGGCCUCGCCGGCGCGGCGCGCCGUGAACCUUAGCGAGCUCAUUUCGGCCUACUCGGCCGACUCGACGAUGCGCGCCCUGAUAGGGAGCCGGUUCAAGGACCGGGACAAGUUCUUGAUGCUGCUAGAGCGCGGUGUGAAGCUAUUCGCCACGCCGAGCUUGCCAGAUCUUUACCCAUCGUCGCGCCUCGCCGAGCUGAUCAGUAGAAGGCCUCGCCAGAUGAGGCGGCAUCGCGACGAAGUGUACGAGUUCUUGGACAUCAUUAUCAAGGAGCAUCAAGAGAACAGAUCUUCCUCCGAUGACCAGGAGGACUUGGACUUGGUUGACGUACUCCUGAGGAUCCAGAGAAAAGGUGACUUCCCACUAUCCACUGAUAACAUCAAGACAACAAUCGGAGACUUGUUCAAUGGGGGCAGCGAGACAACCGCAACGACACUGAAAUGGAUUAUGGCUGAGCUCAUCAGGAACCCAAGAGUGAUGCAAAAGGCACAAGACGAGGUCCGACAAGUGCUUGGAAAACAUCACAAAGUUACAGAGGAAGCCCUUAGAAAUCUGAGUUACCUGCACUUGGUCAUCAAGGAGGGGCUCCGGCUGCACCCUCCAGGACUUCCGUUGCUCCUGCGAGAAAGCCGAACCACAAGCCAGGUCUUAGGAUUUCAUGUGCCCCAAGGAACUAUGAUACUCGUUAACAUGUGGGCUAUAAGUAGGGACCCUAUGUACUGGGACCAAGCAGAAGAGUUCAUCCCAGAGAGAUUCGAGCAUGUCAACAUUGAUUACUAUGGAACCGAUGUCAAGUACAUGCCGUUCGGAGUAGGUCGACGGAUAUGUCCUGGAAUAGCUUUUGGUCUAGUGAACUUGGAGCUUGUGCUAGCAAGUCUCUUGUACCAUUUCAACUGGGAGCUUCCUGAUGAGACGGAGCUUGGGAACCUUGAUAUGAAGGAGGAGAUGGGGGCAAUAGCACGACGGCUCCAUGAUCUUUCGCUUGUUCCAGUCAUUCGCCAUCCAUUACCGGUAGAUAUGUAAUAGCUAUCAGUCAGUAGCUUGAUGAUUUACAUCUUGGAGGGCUACUCUGUUUACACAAGUUUGAACCAAUGCAGUUAAAUAAAUAAUUUGCAAACUUGCUGCAUUCACUGCCCAAUUACAAGCGUUGGUCCAAAUAUACAUGUUUGCAUUAGAAAACAUGUAUUAUCGUUGUUAAAACACUUGUACUUUUAUAUUUGUAACAUACCACUAUAGGUGUACCCAGUAAAUUAUGUGUAUGAAAAUGUGGCAAUAAAUAAAGUCAGCACCUCUCCAUGUGCAUGCCUUAUUUUAA